AGAGUGUGUGAGUGGGGAGAGAGAGAGAGAGAGAGAGAGAGAGAGAGAGACCUCGGCGGAGAGGAAGAGAGAGAGAGGGGAGGAGAGCUCCGUCUCUCCCGGUGCACUUGGCAGUCUAGUUGCGGGCUGCUGUGCUGUUGCUGUCGUGGCGUGGCUGGUCGCGCCAGGCGGGGAACUUCACCACACUGGAGCCCGGAGUCCCACUCUCUCACCUGCGCAGUUCGGAGCUGCCAUGGGUCUCUCGCCUGGAUUUACUGUCCUAAUUAUUCUACCGGCCUUUCUGCUGCACACCAGCGGCCUUUACAUCGCCAGUAGCGUUGACUCCCUGCAGCAUGUCCUGGGGGAGUAUGGACUGGUGAGGCCGAUCAGUGUGGACGCAGAGGGCCGCUUCCUGUCACACGCCGUCUCGGCUGGCCGCAUGGCAGGUGGACAGCCCCGUAGGCGCCGGAGGAGGGAGGUAGGAGUAGGCAAUGAUGAGUGGGAAGAACCAAGAGGAGAACCCGUGGCCUAUCGGGAAAGGCUUUUCUACAACGUCACUAUCUUCGGCCGGGAGUUCCACCUGCGCCUGCACCACAAUGCCAGGCUGGUGGCCCCCGGAGCCAAGAUGGAGUGGCGUGAUGAUAGCGACAGCACCCGGCACUCUGAGCCACUGCACGAUGAAUGCUUGUAUGUAGGUGACAUCACAGACACACCAGGGGCCACUGUGGCCAUCAGCAACUGUGACGGCCUGGCUGGUAUGAUCAGGAUGGAGCAAGAAGAGUUUUUUAUCGAGCCGGUGGAGAGGGGCGAUGGAGUGAUAGAAGAGGAGGAGGCGGAGGGAGGUGGAAGAGGAAGGACGCACAUCGUCUAUCGCUCCUCAGCCGUAAAGAAAGCGCCCAUCGGCAGCACAGCGGCAGACUACCACUCCAGAGGUGCUGAUCUCGGUGGUCUGAUGGACCUGGAGUCCCUGUAUCGCGGUGUGGAGCAGAGCAUCAAUCACACGCGAGCGGGGCGAAUGCGCAGACAGAGCCUGGACAGGGCCUACAACAUUGAGGUGCUGUUGGGUGUCGACGACUCUGUGGUCCAGUUUCACGGAAAGGAGCAUGUACAGAAGUACCUGCUCACCCUCAUGAACAUAGUGAAUGAGAUCUACCAUGACCAGUCUUUGGGAGCAAAGAUCAAUGUGGUGCUGGUGCGGAUUAUCAUGCUUGGCUACGGCAAGUCUAUGAGUCUGAUUGAACUAGGAAACCCAUCUCAGAGUCUGGAGAAUGUGUGUCGCUGGGCCUUCCUGCAGCAGAAGCAGGACACAGGGGACGCCGAGUAUCACGACCACGCCAUCUUCCUCACACGACAGGAAUUUGGCCCCACGGGCAUGCAGGGUUACGCCCCAGUGACGGGCAUGUGCCAUCCAGUAAGGAGCUGCACUUUGAACCAUGAGGAUGGUUUCUCCUCUGCCUUUGUGGUGGCGCACGAAACCGGACACGUGCUGGGGAUGGAGCACGAUGGGCAGGGGAACCGCUGCGGAGAUGAGGUGCACAUGGGCAGCAUCAUGGCUCCGCUGGUGCAAGCUGCCUUCCACCGCUUUCACUGGUCCAGAUGUAGCAUGCAAGAGCUGGGACGCUACCUUCAUUCCUAUGACUGUCUCCGUGACGACCCCUUUGACCACAACUGGCCAUCGCUGCCUCAGCUUCCUGGUUUGCACUACUCCAUGAAUGAACAGUGCCGCUUUGACUUCGGUGUGGGCUACACCAUGUGCACCGCGCUACAAAAGGCGGGCCAGUCAGGAACGCAGUAUCGCACAUUUGACCCAUGUAAGCAGUUGUGGUGUAGCCACCCAGACAAUCCCUUCUUCUGCAAGACCAAGAAAGGACCACCCAUUGAUGGGACCAUGUGUGGGAAUGGGAAGCAUUGCUUUAAAGGUCACUGCAUCUGGUUGACCCCUGACAUCAUAAAGCAAGAUGGAAACUGGGGUACAUGGAGCGAGUUUGGCCAGUGCUCCCGCACCUGCGGUGGAGGAGUACAGUUUCGCACACGCGACUGUGACAAUCCUAGACCAGCCAACGGAGGACGUACCUGCGUGGGGGCGACUUAUCAGUUCCAGAUGUGCAACACCAACGAGUGUGAGGAUAUCUACAGUGACACACGAGAGGAGCAAUGCCACGCUUGGGACCCUCGCUUUGAACUCCACAGCAACAAGCACCACUGGCUGCCUUAUGAACACCCAGACUCUAACAAACGCUGCCACCUGCAUUGCCAGUCCAAGGAGACACGGGAUGUGGUCUUCAUGCAGAGAAUGGCCCUGGACGGCACACGCUGCUCCUACAAGGACCCUCACAGUGUGUGUGUGCGUGGAGAGUGUGAGAAAGUGGGCUGUGACGGCGUGGUCGGCUCCUCAAAGCAGGAAGACAAGUGUGGAGUGUGUGGAGGAGACAACUCCAGCUGCAAAACCUUCAAAGACACCAUCACACGUACCGCCAAGAAACAAGGUUUCCUCAAAGUUCUUGAAAUCCCCAGAGGAGCGAGACACUUACUAAUCCAAGAACUGAAAGCAACCUCACACACUUUAGCUGUAAAGAACGUGGCAUCAGGACUCUUCUUCUUGAACGGGGAAAAUGACUACCCAGAAUCCCACUCCGUCAUAGAGAAGGGUGUGGAAUGGGAAUAUGAGAAUGACAAUGACAAGGAGACACUUCAGACCACUGGUCCUCUAAGACAUGGAAUUCUGAUCAUGAUGAAACUACAUGGAGAUGAGGAUGUAAAUUUAUCUUAUAAGUACAUGAUGAACAUGGACAGUGACUCUGCCAUCCAGAACAACAUGCUGGUAGAAGACAGUGCCUACGAGUGGGCUCCAAAGAGAUGGUCCUACUGCUCCAAGCCCUGCGGUGGAGGGAAACAGUACCUGCGAUACGGCUGCAGAAGGAAAGUUGACAGUAAGAUGGUCCACAAGAGCUUCUGUAACAAAUCCAACAUGAAACCAAGAGGAGACACCAGAGACUGCAACCAGAAGCCCUGCCCUCCACCCAUUUGGGUGACAGGGGAGUGGCAAAACUGCAGCAAACCAUGUGGAAAGACAGGGAUGCAAAUCCGCUCGGUCAGCUGUGUCCAGCCGUCAGAUGACAACACCACACGCUCCAUCCACAAUAAACACUGCAACGACAACCGGCCCGAGACUCGCAGACCCUGCAACAGACACUCCUGCCCCACCCAGUGGAGAGUCGGACCGUGGUCACAGUGCUCAGUGACAUGUGGGAAUGGAACCCAGCAGAGGCAGGCUCUGUGCCACACCAGAGACAACACCAUUGGCCUGUGUCUGGACAGUAAGCCUGACACCAUCAGAGUCUGUCGCCUGGAUCCAUGUCCCAAGGGCUCAUCAGACCUCAACAAGAACGGCAACAUCCUGAUCCAGUGGCUGUCUCGCCCCAACCCCAACUUCCCGAAGAUCUCCUCACGCCAGCGUUGUCAUGGAGACCGCUCAAUGUUCUGUCGUAUGGAGGUGCUGAAGCGCUACUGCUCUCUACCGGACUUCCAGCGCAUGUGCUGCAAAUCCUGCAGCAAUGUCACCAUCACCGAGCUUCUAUCCAACUCCACCUCCAGAUCCACCCCCAUCACCUCCAUCCGUCCCAGUGUAACAGCUCUUCCACCCACCAGCACCUUUAGCUCUGGCUUCACCACCAUCCAACCCACCACAGCUGUCAUUGCCACCAUUUCAGCUUCUACUAUCAAUGCCAGGACCACCACUCAUCUUCCUACCUUCACCACUGCUGCUCUUCAUUUCACUCCUUCCACACUAAGUGCUACACAAAUUAUCACCACUCCAGCUGCCACCAGUGCUCCUGUCCUCCCCACUACCUUUUCCAUGGCAACCACUUCAGUUAUUACAACCUCCCCCAGUGUUAUUGUUCGUCCUCUGCCUCUGCCUGCCCCAGACAUAAACGAGAACACAGAUCCACAGUUACAGAGCACUACAAAUAGUCCAACAACAUCUGGUAUGAUAACUACUGUACACCUUCCAGCAACUACCCGUCCAACUAUGACAAAUCCAACAGAAAGCAGUACAAAAACCCUGCUAAAAUCCAAGCCCAAAAAGAAUAUUCUGCCAAAGAAAAAGCCCAAAAAGGUGAUUCCACCAAAGCUCAAUCCAAAAAAGAAUACUGCGCUAAAAAAUACAACAAGAAAAGAUGUUCCACCAAAGAUCAAUCCCAAAAAGAAAGCAAACACUACUCCCAAAAAGACUACUCCACCAAACACUACUCCCAAAAAGACUACUCCGGCAAAAACCACUCCCAAAAAGACUACUCCGGCAAAAACCACUCCCAAAAAGACUACUCCGGCAAACACUACUCCCAAAAAGACUACUCCGUCAAAAACCACUCCCAAAAAGACUACUCCGGCAAACACUACUCCCAAAAAGACUACUCCGGCAAAAACCACUCCCAAAAAGACUACUCCAGCUAAAAAUACUCCCAAAAAGACUACUCCAGCUAAAAAUACUCCCAAAAAGACUCCCCCUAUAAAGGCCACUCUUAAAAAGACUACUCCUGAGAAAAAAACCAAACCCACACCCAAAAAGGAGGCUCCACCAAAGGCCAAUCCCAAAAAGAACACUAAUCCAAAUACGAAAGUUACAAAGCAAACACAAACAAAGACAAAUCCUCAAAAGAAACCAAAACCAGGGCCCAAAAAUGCCAUAAACACUCAGGCAAAAAAGAUUAAUCCAAAAAAGAAAACACUUAAAAUGUCAUUAUAUUAUACUACAGCUCCCACUCCAUAUACAAGUCCAGAACAACUGAGAGAGCCCUUUUCUUCCACUAUCUCAUCCAGCACUAGUGUGGACGUGACUGCUUCAGGCAUGCCUUUGCCAGAGUCCAGAAUCAAUGUCACGUACAUCAGUAACAACACAGCAACUACAGAUGAAACCCCACUGUGGUAUCAUGAUACUUUAGCCACAACACCCACCACUUCUGAUGAUCUUGUAGCUCCAACUGGAACCAUUCAUUUUGAAGAUGUUAACAUGCAUAGUGGAACUAGGCCGUAUAGUGAUGUCACAAUGACGAGCAGCGGUGAUGUCACAGUAACCAGUGGGACCAUUCUAAGUGGCGAUGACAUCACAGUAUCCUACAGCAAUGUGGGAGUCAUCAGUGACACCAUGGUGCUGGACGACGGUCUCAUCAUGGUGAUCCCGACCAUCAACAGUGAGGACAUGACAGACCUUGCUUCCUCACCCUGGCUGGACUUGUCUGAGUACAUCCCCGUGAGCAUCUCAGUUCCCACGACGACCUCAGACCCCGCCACAGCCUCACCUCCUGCCACCGUCACUCCGACAACAGAAAAACCAGCCAUCGCAACCAUCACCACCUCUACUGUAAGACCUCAGCGAAGACCAGAGACCAGUGAGAACAACUCCAUCGACGUAAUAUACAACAGGAUCAUUGGCGUGGACAACGAUAUCUCCCAGAACAAUCUGAUCCCAAAGCGUCGGGUCAACCUCCGAGAGAGAACCAGGAACAAACGCAUUCAGGAGCUUCUGGAGGAGAAGCGGAACUUUCUCCUCAGGAUGAAGAGAGGCCAUGCAGUAUGAUGGACCAAGCCUUCUCAUUUCUCUUAUAGAGAUGAAUGUUUUUAUUUUACAGACUUUUGUAAGCCCUGUUUAAGCCCCUCUGACCUGCCAUGAUGCUUUCUAUCAGGCCUUUCCACAAAAAAACAACUACAAACUCUCUGUCAUAUCACUAUCAUGACAAUCAGGACUGUUGCAGAGAGAGAAUAUCAUGGCCAAAUGUUUGAACAGUUGCUUUGAAUAAAGAAAAGCCCUUUAGAGUACAGACUGGUGCGGAUUUGAAGCAAAUUGCCUUGCCUGUGUAAACACAAUAAUGAGAAACAGAAGGGAUGAAAAGUGUGCAUCCAGUUUGACCAGCACUUUACAAAGCCAUGCUUCUAUCCCCCAAACCACCCACAGUCUUGUUUGAGGAUUCAGUAAUGAUGUAGAUAAGGCGUAAUGUAGUUUGUAAAAUCAUAUUAUCCCUACUGGCACUUAUGGAGCAACAAAAUCUACCACCUAGAAUCCAAAUCCACAUCUCCAUAUUAUAUUACAGCCCAGGACUGCAGCUUAUUUCCCCACAAACACAUAUUAAUACCUCUCAGCUCCCACUGUAGGACAAGAUAAAAAUGUCUCCUUUUUAAGUGGCCAGCACUCUAAAUACCCUAUACACACUGCAGAUUGGAGCUUCUGGAGGCCUGAAAGCUCUAUGGUAAUGUUAUACAAUCAGAAAGUAAAAGUUUCCUUUUGGUUUAAUUAAAUUGUGGAAGUUUACACUGCUUGGACUGUGUUGCCUUUUCCAAAGCAAACGUCUGUCUGACUGCAUGGCAUCUCUCAUCUCUCAGGAAGUUACGAUACAGAAUGGAAGACUGGUGAGGGACAAACACUUGGUGCUUCCUGAAUUGUGAUGAUAUAUUUUAAUAUCUCAUUAAGCCAGGUGAAAAAAUAGAAUAACUUAACAGAAACAUUUGAUUGCAUUUUUCUUUCCUUUUUUGUAACAGUGGGUCAAGUAUGGUGCUUUUUUUUAUCAGUGUUGCUAUAAGCAAUACCAUUCAUUUAUGUAUAAAAAAACCCACAAAAAUAUAAUAAAUAAAAUAAACAAGCCUGUUUGUAUUAACUGUAUCCAAGGAGACUCUUUGAGGGCCAGUUUAUUUUAUUUUCUAAAAGUUUUAUUAUUGGUACAUCUCUAACUUGCAGCAGCUGCAAAAGUACCUAUGGAUCUUUCUGUACGAUAUCUGUACAUAUGAAAAAGAACUUAAUGUUUAAUAUUUAUUAAAGUUUAAGUGCCUGUGGUAUUUUGCAGAC